UAACACACGUCUUUAUCUUCGAGAUUAAAUUUAUCAUCGCCUUCCGCGUUUUUUUUUUUCAUCAGUUUUUACGAUCAAACAGCCUUUUCGAUAUUUUUACGAUCGCGCCGAAUAAAUCGCCGAUUGCAAAUCCGCGCGCGUUCGCGGAAGAGAUACGACGCGACAAAAAACGUGAGAAACGCUCCUCCUCGUCGCGAAGCGAUGCGGUAAUCUCGCGCGCGAGCACAUCCCCACGAUAACUUUUUCUCAGAUCUCGCGACGCAAGACCGUCGCGUUAUCGCGAUCGAGCGCGCGCGAAUGCGAGUGCGAACAUUCCCCGAGUCAAAUGUUUGUUUUUGUUUUGAAAAUUGUGCGCGCUCUGCAGCAUAUGAACAAAAGAAACAACAUCCGCGCGCGUGGGAUUGUCGAAACUAUUUUCAGAUGCCAUAUCGCGUCGUUCCGCGUACGAUUAUCAACACGUGAUGUGUCAAGAACGCCCCGUCUUAUCACGAAUUACGACGUCAUCUCGCGAGCUCACCGCCAUCGCUUAGUCGAGUCGAUGCACGUUUUAAACUUGCGAUUCCAGGCUUGCUCGUCCACUUUGUGAGAGAGGGAAUUGGACGAGGAUUACAUCAUGCAAUACACGUGGCGAAAAAUAAAGAUACGAGAAUAUGAGAAAAUUUCGCUGCGUGAAUGGAGAAGAUACUACGUCAUUCAAGAAGAUAUUUGGACGAGAGUCGCAAGAUCAAUUAAAGAUUAGAAUUAUCUGAACAUUUUACGCGCAAUUACAAAUUUCGUCGAAAUCUCAAUUCGAGCGCGAAUCUUCAAUGUUUUGACGUUAACGCCAUUUUAUUUUUUCUCACAUACCUAAAUCAAAAAAAGAUCUCGCAAUAAAUAACCUAACCCGCGGACUCCGCGAUCGUUGUAGCCGCACCUGAAGCCAACGGCUCCGGAUUUUACUCCCACCAACCAACGUUGAAUCGCUGCUCGCUAUGCCAUCGUCGAACAGGGCUGCGCGCGAUUACACGUAACCUGUCGAGGCGACGACACACGUUGUGCGCGCCGCGUUGUUGCCCUGCCGCCGUGUCGUCUCUCCAAAGCGAGCGAAUUAAUCGAAAGAUCUCCUCUCGAGUAUUUUUAUCGAUCCUUCACAAGCGGGAAUCCGUAUCGCUGCGAGAAUCGGAGACUCUCUCCGAGACAAAUCGCUUCUCGGCGAUUGAUCGCGAGGAAAUCUCACGAGAGAGGACUCUCGACGUAUAUAUAUCGCGCGAGAGAUCGCGUGAUCUUCAGGAACUCGCGCGCGCGCGGAUUCGGCACCGAGUUUUAUUCCCGGGCGUUUAUUUACACGGCCCUGGCGGUGUCGCGGAAUUUCGCGGUCGCGAGUCAACGGCCUUAUCACCGCUCGUUGUACCAAUACUCCGGCGGCUCGUCGAGCGCCAUCGGCGACGUUUCGGGUCGUCGAGAUCAAAAAACUUUCCUCGCUGAUCUUUCGCGCACAAACCGGUGGUGUGUGCGCGACGCGACGCGACGGCACACAAUCGAUACCGUCAAUCGAGAUUAUCGACCGCGGAGUGGUGCGAGAGGAAGCGGGAAAGGAAGUCUCGAGAGCGCGUUCUUCUCAGAAGCCGGAGAGAACUCUUCCGUCCGAUCUCACGGCGGGAAUCGGUGAACGGGCGCGCGCGGUUCGUUCGCACACGCGUCUCGCACGUCGUACGGGAGAGGAGAGCAAGUGAAGAAAAAAAAAAAAACAGAAAGAAAGAAAGAAAGAGAGACAGAAAGAGAGAGAGAGAGAGAGAGAGAGAGAGUGCGGGAGAAAAGGUGGGAGGCGGGAGAAAGAGGGCGCCAGCACGGAUAUCACGCGUCGCGAGAACUGGACUCUCGGAGCAGCAGAGUCGUGUCGUGGGCGAAUUCCCGGGCGCCGCCGGCCGUGUUACUCCUCGCGUAGUAUGUCAGUGAGCCCGUAGACGUGAAACUAACCUAAUCUCGCCGUUUCGUAUCGUCGUGCGUCGUGUUGUGCGAUACGUGCGUUACAUACGCGUUUUGGGUUUUAUUUUACGUUCGAUUCACACGCCUUUGCACGUGCGUUCUCGAUCGAUCGAUCUUUGUUCGAUUCGCGAUCGAGGAUUUUUCUCGUCGCCGGAGCGGAGAUAAUUCGCCGGAGUAUAUUGAAAGAAACCGGAGCCGCGAACUGUCACGUGACGCUGCACGUUCCAUCGUCGUGCGAUUCUCGCGCGCGCGUCCGCAAUUGCAAUUACACUUGGCGCUUCUCUCAAGACGUGAACCGGACGAGAUAAUACGCCGCCGUGCUAGCGCACAACACGCAGCGAAGGGGAAGCGAAGAAGAGCACCGGGACGGAAGUUGAUCGUCGCAGGACUCCGGAAGUCAGCGGUACCGCACCGCUUGUUCUAUGCUGCAAGAUGAUGGAGACACAGAAUUACUGGGACGACAACGCGCACUCGAUGCAGGUGAAAUACGAGAGUCUGGACGGUAGAUCCUGCAAGGACGAGAUUUACCAAAUGGGUAUCGGUGCUGGAUAUUGCGAAGGCAAUCUGAACUUCGCUACGGCCUCGGAAGAUGACGAGGUUUAUACCAAGAAGAAGGUCUCUAGGCAAGAUCCCAUGUCACACAGGAUCAUCGAGAAGCGUAGAAGGGAUCGUAUGAACAAUUGCCUGGCCGAUCUCAGCAGGCUCAUACCGGCGGAAUAUUUGAAGAAGGGCCGAGGCAGAGUCGAAAAGACGGAGAUCAUUGAGAUGGCGAUUCGUCAUAUGAAGCAUCUCCAGGGCCUUCGUCAAGACACCAAGCACCCGCCGAUAACACCGUUGCACACGCAUCCCGAGGACAGUGUCGACAGCGUGUCCCAUUCGACCGCCGCAUCCACCGCAGCGGAGCACUACAGGCUGGGCUUUCAGGAGUGCCUGAGCGAGACAAUGCAUUUCCUCAUAGAAGUCGAGGGUUACUUGGCGAGGGACACUCUCUGCGUGCAGCUCAUCAAUCACCUGCAGCAGCACUGCGACAAGAUUCUAGCCACGAGUGACCGGUUAGGUUUUCCUCAUACCGAAAUGCCGGUGAUGAACGGCGCGAUGAACGGCACCGGCUACGGGCAUCCGAGCAUUCCGACGAUAUGCCAACCCAACGGCGGCCAUUCGGACCACGGUUCGAGUUCGGGCGUGAGCUCGUUCGGCGAUCCAGAACGCCCGUUACUACGACCAGUGAUCGUGCCCCCGCCGACGAUCGUGAGCGACGACAGCAAUCACAGCACUCAUUCGCACAGCACGCCUCCCGCGACCGGUGCUUCUUCCUGUCGAGAUCGACCAACUAAUUACAAGUUCAAGAGCUCCAUCAAGCAGAGGUUUUCGGCCGAGCGGGUGAAGUCGUGCUCCUCGCCGGUGUCGAACGGCACCGGCUCGUCGGAUAAGCCGUCGUCGUUGUCAUCGUCGUCUUCGUCAUCGUCGUCGUCGCACGGAGUUCCGAUCUUCGCGCUUCACGACGCCGGCUCGUUCUACGUACCGCUGACGGUCGAAGCGUCUCUGAUCAGACCGCAUCUGAGCUUCAUUCCGGACACCGGGCCCGACACCGUUCUCCAUCCGGUCACGAUAUCGGUCAACUUCAAUCACUCGAUGCCGCCCGCGUGGUCGCAGCAUCACAGUCCCACUCACCAGCAUCAGACAUAAGAAAAAACAGACGCAGCUGACGCGAAACCAAUGGUUUAUCAUCCGGUUGCUCGUGUCCAUCGUAGAGGGGGAGGAAUGCGCUCUCUGAUCGGUUACGAGAAUCCGAUCGGUCUCUAUACUACACACACUGAUCUCUGACGGAUCAUCGCUUUGAUAUCUGAUGGCGAUUAUUUGCGAAAGACGUUGCGAUGGAAUUGCGAGACCGUCCGUGGCUCUCUCGCAAGAGAGAGAGAGAGAGAGAAAGAGCCGUGAAACAGAAUUUCGUGAUUUCUCUAUUUUUAUUAGUCGCAAUACGCGUUGUGAUCAAAACGAAGCGAUCUACGUACGGUACAAUUCAUUGGCAUAUUUCAUUCAAUUAGAAUCAUCGUAAUUUUAGCUCGCUAAAAACAUCUAUCUUUACGAGAAAUCUCGAGAGAGCAUUGUAGACCUUCGCGAUAUUAGUCAACACGUUUGCGAAGAUAGUUGAACAACCAUUGCAUCGUGUAUGGGUCGCUUGUUUGAUUGUACGUUGCGUGAGGGGAAGGGGAAAUGCCGAAGUCGAGGAUGUUUGUACAUUUACCUAGGCUGUGGGUUGUUUUAGCAUUUACGAAGUUUGAAAGAGGGAAAGAAAGAAUGAGAGAGAGAGAGAAAGAAAGAGAGAAAGCGCGUCAAGGAUUGUACAUAGGUAGAGUAUUAAGAAUAGAAAACUUCAGGUUGUUCUGGCUUCGGUGCAAGUGUGUGCAUGUGUAUGUGUCUUUCUUUGUUGUCAAUCUGUAUAAUUCACACGUACGUUUUCCUCCUACUUCCUCAUCUGCGGACGGACUUCUCGUCCAUUUCUCUUCGCUCCGUUUGUUCCUCUUCUUCUCAACGUUUGUUUUCCGUUUGUCAGGUCGACAGAAAUUUUCGCACCGUUUUUUUUUUUUUUUUUUUUUUUUUUAGUUUUUUUUCAAAACUCAGUACGGAGGAGUAUGUGGCGAAUAUGUACCACGCAAAGUGUGAAUAUUAAUCGAUAUAUUAAGUAUUUUUCGUUAAUAGGGAGAGAGAGAGAGAGAGAAGAGCACGCGCCUCAGAGUGAAGGAAAAGGAAUCUGGAAACAAAUCUGUUUGUGCGCGAAAAUAAUUUAAUUUUCGUUUGAUCGAACGCAACUCACGACAAUAGAGAAACGCAAAGAAGAGAAGCGACUAUUUUGUUUCGAGAUUCCGACUAAUUGAUUCGUAUUGUACGUAUGUAACGUAUGUAAAAAUAACGUUUUUUUUUUUUUUUUGUUUCGUAUUGAGAGGAGAGUAAGUUAGUUAGCGUAAAAGUGCCUACAUUGUAUCGAAUUCAGGAAUUCCACUUACAUAAUGUGAUUUGAUGUAUGUAUGUACGAGAUGAGAGAUGUUUCGUUUUUUCUUUUUUCUUUCCGCGAAAAUGGAUAUAUCCCGUGUCACGUUCACGAUUAUAUAUAAACACACACACACACACACACGAGAGGAUUGAGUCUGCUCGAUGCCCUGCCAUGGAAGAAACGGGCCUCAGCAAUUAAAGACUGACCAAGACCUGCAUUACACUAAAAACAAAAACUAAAAAAAUAAAAAAAUAAAAAAAAAAAAACAAAAAACAAUUCUUGUAAGAUCACUGCAUUAUAUUUGUACAUACCACGUCUAGUUGUAACUUUAACCAACAUGAAAGAAUUUUUUUGCGGAGAAUAAAUUAUAUUUACCAUAGAUAUCGUCUCUUGCGACACGUGAGAGGUUUUGCGUACAAAUUUGUUUUCUUUCUACCUACUUUUAUUUUUCUUAUCUCUCUUCCUGCUUUUCCCAUUAUCUAUCCUUCGAAUCGCUCGAAGCGACGGAGAGAGAAGAGCAAGUAUUGUUUUUUCAAACAUAUUUACGCAGCUGUGUUUCCCACUUCUCUCAAAUCCUUUAUUGCGAGAGAAAAUUGAAAAGGAAGAAAAUAACAAGAGACAAGAGAGAUGCAAUUAAAGAAUUUUUUUUUAUUACAUCAACAUAAUACUGGCUAAGGGUCAAAACAAUAUCAGAGAACGCGUCUAUGGCCAGCGGGAGGGAGAGCGCCGAGAUCUUUGAACGUGGGCGACUCGCGACGCGGAUGUCUCGUCCUCUUCAAGAUGAUUUUUUUAUGGUCUCCAUCCAUCUUCGCAAGGGGAGAAAGAGAGAGAAAGAGAGAGAGAGAGAAAGAGAAAGAGAAGGGGAAUAAAUGACUGACGCUGACGCGCGAUGGAGAGGAGGGAGAGUUAUA